AUGGCCUACUCAAAUCUUCUGAAACCAGAUGAGCCAGGUACUCUGCUCGUAGAGAAAGUCUGUACCCGUCUCAGAAGAAGACAAAUCGUCGGGUCUCACAAUAUCGCUCUGGAGACUGCUCAGUUGAUCUACGCCAUUGUCCGUGUGGUCAAAUUCUCCACGCUAGACGAGCUGCUCGCCCUUCUCAAGCUCAUUGGACGUAGGUUGAACGAAGCGAAUCCAAAAGAGCUAGCAUCUGGAAAUAUCGUCCGGAGGAUUCUACGACUAUUCAGAGAGGAAUACAGAGCGGCCGCCGCAACUCAGAUCACUCAACCUUCCACACCACUUUCCGGACCUGAGACACCCGGUCUUCAUGCUCCGUCAAGUCAUUACCUAUCUCAAGACUUAUCGAUGACGACUACACCACCUCGUACCCAAAAUCAUUCGCCAAAUCUGGGCGGCACAUCGACCCUGCCCGUACCUUCCCGAGCGCCAUCCCUCAGCAACUUUGUGGCCUUUCGUCAUUCUAGAGCUCAGUUGGAGAGAUCAGGCAGUACAUUAUCAGAGCUCACUCAAGCUGCUGCUAGUAUAGAGAAUGAAGAGUUUAUGAGGCAGAGUGCGAAACUCAAGCCGAUAUUCAUACAGGCUAUAGAAGAGGUAAUCGGAGAGCUGGAGACGACACAUGAUGAUGUGGCAAAGGGAGCUCGGGAACACAUUCAUUCGGCUGAGGUGAUUAUGACGCUAGGUCACUCAAAAACAGUCGAAACAUUCAUCAAGCACGCUUAUAGAGAUCGAAAAUUCACUGUUAUCGUCGUCGAGUCGGCCCCAAGCUAUCUAGGCCAUACCAUGGCAAAAUCACUAUCCGCGUCUAAUAUCCCUACGAUCCUCAUUCCAGAUUCUUCAGUCCACGCUCUCAUGCCCCGAGUAACCAAAGUCGUUUUGGGCGCUCACUCAAUUCUAGCGAACGGAGGACUAUUCGCCUUAUCAGGAACGCUCAGCGCAUGUCUUGCAGCCAAAGCAUUUAGUAAACCCGUCGUGGUGACUACUGGUCAAUUCAAAUUUGCGCCCGUCUGGAACCUGUAUCAUGAGCAUGGCGCCGUCGACUUUCAAUCGCCGGGAAACGUCUUGGGCUACGAAGGGGACGGAAGUGCAGGUGGAAUCACUGGUGUGACGACAAAUGCGCCGUAUUACGAAUACAUCCGACCAGAGCUCAUCAAUUUGUUUGUGACCAACGAAGGAGACCAUUCACCUUCGUACAUCUACCGGAUCAUCAAAGAGGCGUACGACGAGGAGGAUGUCGAGCUGUAA